UAUCGAUCGAAGGCCGUCAAGUACCAACUCACCAGGGCGUCAGGUUCCCUCGCUAAGGAAACAUACCUUGAUAUGCUAUGGGCUGGAGACUCGUCUUGUCAAGGCCCCUGUGGUGGGAGAACUGCUCGUGGAAACAUCGUGUCGGUGUGUGGGCAAGGAAAAGAAGAAGAUAUAUAAAAGCCGGUGUCACUCCCACCAGUCUGAUGGAUAGAAGAUCAUUGCAACUUCAAAAUCAUCUUUAUCCAGGCUUCAAGCAGCUAUACUCUUGAACAAGCCCUUGUUUUCUCUCUCCCAGCCUGUGGUCUGCAAACAUGGAUCGCGACCUCGAUACUAUCUUGAGCCAGAUUCGCAAAGGGUCUUCAUCGGUCGACAAGAUUUCUGCUACAGGUUCGUCAGGCAACACCAUCAAACGAGACGAGAGAAGAAAAAAGGCCAUUUAUGGGCUAACAAGGAAGUGGAACUAUCCAGGCAGCUCAACAACGGCGGGACGCAACCACGAUGAGGUUGACAGGAGUGACAAGACGAAGACCUCCCACGCCAAGGGAAUGACACCGAUAGAGCGUUUCCAGGCCGAACGCUUUGGGGAUGGGCCGUGGAACAAUGCCAAAGAUGUGUACAUGCCGAAGAAGUGAUGGUGUGUGGACAUUCGACCAUCAUUCAUGGUCCGAUCCAUGAGACACAUGUAUGCUAUGUUAGCAAAGUCGUUCAUCAAGCAAGAAGGAAAGGGAAAAGCACUCCAGGAACGACAUGGUUCCAUUAACUUAUCUCUCUCC